AUGUCUGUAUUUUCAGGUGGAAAGGUGAACGUCAGUGAAAUAUUAUCUCAAAAAGAAGGCCGUUUUUUAAAUAUUACUUAUCUUCUAAAAGUUAGUGAAAACUCAGUAUCUACAGACACAACACGUCUCUAUGUUGACGUGUGCAAAAAUAACAACAGAUCACUUCUGUGCACGUUUGUAAGGCCACCGCAGUAUCAGGAAUUCACUGUGCAAAAUAAUGAUGUCGGAGAUGACACACUGUGUGUAGCAGAGCGUCGCUACUUCACCAGCUCCAUGAGGACCUGGGAGAUAAAGAUUUCACAGCUGCUCACUCGGUCCAUCACUGCUAUAUAUCUCUACAUUCAGGAUAAAACACUACAGAGACAGACAGUGUUGCUGAUACCCAUUGAUGUGACAUACCCAUCCAAAGUCACAAAUCUGACAGUAGACGGACAAGAAGUGAACAGUACUCAUCUCAUUAAAGAGGGUGAAGUCGACGUCUGCUGCUCUUUUAACAGAGGAAAUCCUCCUGCUGUCUUCAGUCUCUUAGACAAAAAUGGAAUGGAAAUUGUUAAUAAAGUGAACAAAACCACAAUGCCAACUCAGAGUGGUGAAGAGCAUCUGAAGGUUUCGCUGUCAGUCAGGUGUCAAGAAGACUGGCCGACAGUUCGUUGCGAAGGAAACGGGUCGGAAAGAAAUGGAUCGGUGUCCUUUCUUGUGAGAUGUGCUCCUCAGUUUGUUGACGGCCCUGUCACACUUCUAUCCUCAGAAUUCGAGAAAGUAACAUUUCGUGUAAAAGCACACACAACAAUAUUCAAUGAAUGUUUCCUAACAUCGACCCCGUCACAGGAUACAUUCAUACCGAAGGUGAACUGCAACCUGAGUGGACAGCCUCCUAAUCUGGUGUUGACGCUUCAUCCGGAAGAAAACAUUACCCAAGGAAGCUGGAAAAUAACUCUUGGCAAUGAAAUAGGUUAUGACAUUACAACAGUGAACAUCGGUGAAUAUUCUAGUACAGUGAUGCCCAACCUUUUUCGGCCUGCGGGCCAUGCACGUGUGUCGCUGGCCGCUUCACCGCAGAAAUAA